GUUUCGACGUGAGCGGUCGUGUUGCGGAUGGUUUUAUUCGAAUUUUCUAAAGAGAAGAGCAAAAGAAAAGCAGACAAAUACAUAUUAUAAUUUUUUGUUAUAAUUCAACAAAACUGAAAUUUGUGAAGCCUAUCGCAUAGGAAAUUGGAAAUUGUUAUUUACAAAAGGCGAGAAAAGAUUAUAAAGAAAAUGUUAUAAAUUGUUUAUCAACAAAUUUUCGGUACGCGUAGCGCGCGCCGGUUUGCAAUUUGUUGUUGUGGUUUUUGUGUUGUUUGGCGGAAAAUGAAAAUGGAAAAUCCAAAUGUUGUCAACAAUUGAUUAAGAAAAUUUCCCAAAAUAAUAAGAAAGAAAGUGUGUGAAGUGAAGUGAAGUCCGCGUGUGUUUUCUCUGUGUUUUGUUGUUUGUAGUGGAAAUCUAGGCAAAUUUACGCAACAAUUAGCAGACGCAUAGCAUAUUGCAGCCAAGGAGCCAAGAGGAGCAUUAACAAAUGGACAAUGUUGAUACCGGUGCUGGAAUACAACAAACACAUGGCCAAAAUACCAAAUUGCAAAAUGAGGUGGACAGCAACGAAAGCAAUUAGAGUGACGACGACGAGGACGCCAGCAAUGCUUCAAUUGUUGUUGCUAAUGCUGCUACUUCAAUUGAUGGGUCAUGCCAGAGGAAAACUCGAUAUAGGAGCGGCAGCAGCUGCUGCAGGAGGCGGUGGAGGAGGAGGAGCUUUAGGAGCGGGUGGAUCUAGUGCAGUGGCCACUUCAACGAAUGGAGCUAAUGGUCCACCAAGCACUUCAUUGAAUGCCAAUCUCACUGACUUGGUUAUGCCCGGUGUGUAGAGCAAUAACAAAAACGAAACUUUUUGCAACAAUUUAUAUAAA